AACACAUCAAUUUAUUACAAAACCAUUCUCUCAUUCCUCUCACAUAUUCUCAUUAUCCUUAGUUUUAACCCUCCAUUAAUUAAUUAGCACAAUUUCAAACCAACCCUUUUAAAGAUGGAUCAAAUUAAGAAGAGAUUAAGCAAGAAGCAAUUCAUGAAAAAAACCUUGAAGUUUGUUUUCUCAAUUUCAGCUUUUUCUUUCUUCCUUUGUUACUACUCUUCUAGCUUUUUCAUAUACCCUCAAACUUUCAAUGCAUACUUUUGUACAUGUCUUUUUGCUUUUUUCACUCACACCCUUGAAAGAAAAUACAUGUUUCUCAUUUGUAAUGGAAUCCUUGCAUUUCUAGCUAAGAAUUUACUCUUCAUUCCAACAACUUCUUCAGAAGCUCACUUUGAUCAACUUCAUGCUUCCGAUGAUAUGAUAGUUGCCCCUUUUGCAAGUUGCCAAUCUUUGGAGGAAGUUUCUCUUAUGGAUGAAGAACAAGAGGAUGAAUACUAUGAAGAAAAAGUCUUAGAAGAUGAAGAACAUAAAGAAUAUACAUUAAAUGAGACUUGUAUAGAAAAAGAAAAGGAGGUUAAUGUGUUGGCUCAAGAUGACGACGACAACGAAGAAGUAGAAGCAGAAACAACAUUGACAAGAAAUGAAGAAUUAGUAAAUACAGAAGAAUUGAAUAGAAAGUUUGAAGAGUUCAUAAGGAAAAUGAAAGAGGAAAUGAGGAUUGAAGCUCAAACACAUCUUAUUGCAGUUUAGUAUAUGAUGAUAUAUGUAACAAAAUAAGAGAAGGAAUUAAGUAGUUUUAGUCUUUU